AUGUCAGAGACGCUGAUAACAGGUCAGACCUCGGAGGAUCUCUUGGCAGACUUUGAGUCUCUCUUGAGUGCUGGGAGCAUCGAUCUAAGCGAGGAUCACCAGAUAGUUAUUAUCUCCACUCCGAGCGAUGUCGACAUCCAUUCCGCCGCUUCCAACAGUGCGGGGGAGAUCCUGUUGUUCGCUACGCCGCAAGGCCCUGCACCGGCAGACGACCCACGCAGACCUACUCUAGGUCGACCUCCGGUAAAACGAAAGCUGGACUUGGACAGUGACCACCAGUAUGUGAGCAGUUCUCGACCCGCCCCUGUAGGCAGAGCAUCAGCGGCUACUCCAGCACCACCGAGAGGUCCAAAGUCAGCGGUGGAGAAGUCUCGCUAUGACACGUCCCUGAACCUCACCACCAAGCGCUUCCUGGACCUCCUGGCCCAGUCGCCCGACGGGGUGGUGGACCUCAACUGGGCCUCCCAGGUCUUGGAGGUGCAGAAGCGGCGCAUCUACGACAUUACCAAUGUCCUGGAGGGCAUCCAGCUCAUCUCCAAGAAGUCUAAGAACAACAUCCAAUGGCUGGGCAGCCGAUUGGAUGGGGCAUCGGCAGUGCGGCACCAGGCCCUGCAGAAGGAGGUGUCUGACCUGGGAAAAGAGGAGGACAAGCUGGACGAGCUCAUCGCCAAGUGCAACCUGCAGCUCCGCCUCCUGACCGAGGACACGCAGAACAAAAAGUUGGGAUACGUGAUGUGCCAGGACUUGAGGAACACAGUGGAUCCCCCCGACCAACUGGUUAUGGUGGUCCGUGCCCCCCCAGAGACACAGAUGGAGGUUUCAAAGCCCUCGGAGGGCUACCAGAUCUCUCUGAAAAGCACCCGUGGGCCCAUCGACGUCUUUCUGUGUCCAGAGGACAGCUCGGGCGUCUGUAGCCCUGUGACGGGCAGCAGCCCGUCCAAAGUGGCCGCUGAGGCAACCUCAUCUCAGCCGGCCACAGCGAGCCCCCGCACGCAACCGCAGUGCAUCACCGCUCAGGAAGUGACAUCACCGCCGAGCCAGGAGUGCUCCCCACUGAAACUCAGCAGUGAUGCAGCAAAGCUUCUGGAGGGGGAGGUAUUCCCCAGUCUGGGAGAGAUGCCCGACUUUGACCUCUCGCCGCUGGUGUCUUCUGACUACCUGCUGGACCGAAGCCUGGAGGACUUCUCCUCGCUCCCCCUCGACAGCUUCAUCAACCUCUCCCCACCUCAGGCGCACGACUACCACUUUGGCCUGGAGGAGGGCGAGGGCAUCAGCGAGCUCUUCGACUGCAACUUCGGGGACCUGGCGUCCCUCGGCCUCUGAGGGGACACCCUUCACAGCACUUAGGCCAUCGAAGCCACCAAG